AUGUAUAUUUACGUACUCACUCUUCUUCUUCUUCUAAAUUUGUCUAUCCAGAGUGCAGUUUUGGCAGAGGAAUGCGCUGACGCGACACCUUCAAAUGUUUGCUCGCAGAAGAAACUAGAGGGACAAUGCACAUACUAUAAAGCUUAUAUGGAAGUUUACGACCGCAUAUCUAGUCUAUACUGUGGAUUGCGACAAUUAGCCGAUGCCUGGUCAGUGUUUUUAUCCCCUCAGAAAUUGCUGCUUCUAAUGGUUAUGAAAUCCGAACGUCUGAAACAAGACGAUAUCGAACGAAGUGUGACUCCGAUCCAAGGUGAUCAGUCACUACGUCCGUGGUUGAAAAAGUUCUGA